ACCCGGUUCCUCCGCGACGUCACCUGUGCGUGACGUUGCCGCACGGCGCCUGCCCCUGACGUCACAGGCAGAAAAUGGCGUCAAGAGCCGAAUCAGGCAAACUUUUGAAAUUUUUCAAAAAAAUUGUUUGAUUUGGAAGUGUUUGUUACCUAAAUGUAGUCCACUGGCAGGAUUUUAGGGAUCGGUAGCCUUGUGGCUAUAUCCUUUACCAAUGAAGACUAUAUCAGGGAUCUCAGUGACUCACAGAUCUCUUCCAGGUCCCCACCGCUCGGACCUUUAGGCUCGCCCUUACUGGGGAGGGAGCAUUGACCCGCCGCUGUCUUGAGAAAACGUGUACAAUCGGUUUUCAGCUCCUAGUGUCACCACGCAAAGAAAUGAGAGAAUUGAUAUCUUCCCCCCCCCCCCCAACUUUCUGUUUCUGGGAGACUCAUUUCAGUAUAUUGGCCUCUGUGGGCUUUUCCCUCUUUUCUUUUGUGACCACACUUUCCACAGCGAAAGAGUAUAUCGAGGCGACAGGUGAGGUUUUUAGCAUUGGGACACAGGCCUUCGCAGAGAUGGUACUUAUAGGACCAUUUUUUAAAGCAUAGCCAUUGCUUGUUACACAUCAUGGGGAAUGUUUUUAUCUUUCUCAUUGUUCCUCUUCUUAAUUAAGCUGCCUUCAGUUUGGAGAUGUUUGUGCCAGCUCAGUGACCAGACCCAGGAGAUGGCGCUACCAUCACCCCUGGGACUCCAGCGUUUGGUGAAUUCUGCCUGAACUGAGCUGACAGUGGUUCUUCACUCUCCUUUGCCCCUGCAGCAGUGGGGCCUCGGCGCUGGCUUGUGUCUUGACUAUUAUGAUAGGUUCCGGGUGUUGCCAUGAUUGUGGGCCCCUAAUGCAGUUUUGGAGUAGGGAUAGAAGAAAGCUCUGUAGCAUUUUAAUGGAUGGGGUUGAAUGGCCUUUGACCCAUAAAUUAGGACAGGGACAGAGUUUGAACACUACUAACCUGAAAAUGCAUGGUGUUUGGGACUUGAAUGUUUUAGGACAUCAGAAAGCUACACUAAGCCCAGUGAGAUUGCAAGUUAAAAUGUGCUCAUGUUGUGUAUGUGGAUGCCUAAAUCAGUUCAUUCAUUUAUUUCUGAAUCUGAGUGAAAACUUUACUCCAUCAUUGGGGGGGUUCAUGUGUCAACUUAAGUGAAAGUAAGUGUGUGUGUCUUUACUCAUUGCGGGGUUCACGUGUCAACUUAAGUGAAAGUAAGUGUGUGUGUGUGUGUGUGUGUGGUUCACAUGUCAACUUAAGUGAAAGUAAGUGUGUGUGUGUGUGUGUGUGUGUGUGUGUGUUUACUCCAGCCCUGUACUAGCAGUCAACAAUUCUUGAAAUCAGAAGUGUUUCACUUAGGGAAGAAAAAGCAGAUUGUAAUAGAUAAGAGGAAUCUUAUGACGCUUAGAAAAUUUGUGUAUACUUGGCAGCCAAAGUGACUGAAAUGAACAGUUUGAGGAUCAAAAACUUUUUAAAGCUAUUUUUCCACAAUAGGCCAAAUUGUAUAUAUUACAGUUAGCCUGGUUCUUGGUAUUUUGAAAUGUACACAAUAAGGUGUGGCUAAUGCGACUGAUUCUUUUGAAACACCUACCAAAACUUUAAUUCUCCAGAUAAGUAUAUUUAAAAAUAUACAUCUUAAUAUGCUGUGUCCUUUUUAAAAAAAUUUUCUUCAAAGUGAUAAACCAUGAGAGAGCUAACCAAUAUUGUGGAUAGAACAUUAGAGUAGGGUCAGAAGACUACUCACGAGCCAGUUCCUCCAUUUGGAUUUUGUGACUUUGGGCAGUUAACAAAACUUCAGUUUUUUCCCUGUGCAUUGGAGCUGAUAUUUGGCUGUAGCAUAUAUUACCUUUGAUUGUUAAUUCAGUAUUAGGUGUUAUUAUGACAGAUUGAAUUGACUGGAUUUUAGAAACACGUAUUUGAUUUUGUUUUGAUUUCCAUUUUAAGCCUUAAAUUUGUUUCCAGGUAAUUUUUAUUGUUUUGCUCUAAGAAUUUUAUCUUUGUAACACGCCUAAAGCAAUAUUAGGUACUGUAAAUGAUAAGUAUAAUGAUUGCUCUUAUUUUAAUAUUACUUUUUUGUAUUAUUUUCAUGGGUGUUUUUUUAAGAUUUUUAUUUACUUUUAGGGAGAGGGGAAGAGGAGAAACAUCAGUGUGUGCUUGCAUCUUGCACCCUCAUGCUGAGGACCCAGCCCACAACCCAGAUCUGCUACGAUGGCAUCUGAUGACUUUGAUAUAGUGAUUGAGGCUAUGCUGGAAGCUCCCUAUAAAAAAGAAGAGGAUGAGCAGCAAAGGAAGGAGGUUAAAAAGGAUGAUCCUAGCAACACCAGCAGCAGCACCAGCAACAGUGUCAGUGGGGGCAGCACCACUGGGGAGGCAAGCAGGAAGAAGAGGAGUCGGAGCCAUAGUAAAAGCAGGGAUAGAAAGCGCAGUCGUAGUCGAGACCGGGAUCGGUAUAGACGGAGAAACAGUCGGAGUCGAAGUCGAGAUCGGCAGCGUCGUCACCGUAGCCGUAGCUGGGAUCGUCGUCAUAGCUGUGAGUCCCGAAGUCGGGACCGGCGUCGUGAAGAUCGUGUGCGGUACAGGAGUCCACCACUUGCCACUGGACGUAGGUAUGGACAAAGUAAGAGUCCUCAUUUCAGAGAGAAGAGCCCAGUCAGGGAGCCGGUUGAUAAUCUGAGUCCUGAGGAGCGUGAUGCCCGAACAGUUUUCUGUAUGCAGUUAGCUGCCCGCAUUCGGCCUCGAGACUUAGAGGACUUUUUCUCUGCUGUUGGCAAAGUUCGUGAUGUACGUAUCAUCUCAGAUCGGAACUCACGUCGUUCUAAGGGCAUUGCCUAUGUGGAAUUCUGUGAAAUCCAAUCUGUGCCACUGGCCAUUGGGUUGACCGGGCAGCGGCUGCUGGGGGUGCCUAUCAUUGUACAGGCCUCACAGGCUGAGAAAAACCGACUGGCAGCCAUGGCCAACAACUUGCAGAAGGGAAGUGGUGGACCAAUGCGCCUCUAUGUGGGCUCCCUGCACUUCAAUAUUACCGAGGACAUGCUCCGGGGCAUCUUUGAGCCCUUUGGCAAAAUUGAUAAUAUUGUCCUGAUGAAGGAUUCAGAUACAGGCCGAUCUAAAGGUUAUGGUUUCAUUACUUUCUCUGACUCAGAGUGUGCCCGGCGGGCCCUGGAACAAUUAAAUGGCUUUGAGCUUGCUGGUCGACCUAUGAGGGUUGGCCAUGUGACUGAACGACUGGAUGGUGGUACAGACAUCACUUUUCCUGAUGGAGACCAGGAGCUGGAUCUGGGAUCAGCAAGUGGACAUCUGCAGCUCAUGGCCAAAUUGGCAGAAGGCUCUGGAAUCCAGCUGCCAACCACAGCUGCUGCUGCAGCCGCCGCCGCUGCCCAGGCUGCUGCCUUGCAGCUGAACGGAGCAGUUCCCCUGGGGGCCUUAAACCCAGCAGCUCUGACUGCUUUGAGUCCAGCCCUGAACCUCGCCUCUCAGGCAAUCGCCUCUCAGUGCUUCCAGCUUUCCAGCCUUUUUACCCCGCAGACCAUGUGA